GGAAAUAUUUGGUCAUCGGUUUCUGGCUUUUCGUCCGCAGAAGGAAUAGAGUGCCAAAAGAGACAUCAAAGAGCGAUCCACCAGUUCUCCUUAUUGCCUCGGACGCGCCCUCAAUUCUCGCUCCCCUCUCUCCUCAUCCUCCUUUCGCAGUUUCGGGUAGCACCGGGAAGGCUCGCUCGAGCGUCAAGAUGAACGAAAAGGCCUCCGUUUCCAAAGAACUCAAUGAGAAACACAGGAAGAUAUUGGAGGGACUUCUCAAAUUGCCAGAGAACAAGGAAUGCGCUGAUUGCAAGUCCAAAGGUCCACGAUGGGCAAGCGUGAAUCUGGGAAUUUUUAUAUGCAUGGCAUGCUCUGGAAUUCAUAGAAGUUUGGGGGUACAUAUAUCAAAGGUAAGAUCUGCAACAUUAGACACGUGGCUCCCAGAGCAGGUUGCUUUUAUCCAAAGCAUGGGAAAUGAGAAGGCAAAUAGCUACUGGGAAGCAGAACUUCCUCCAAAUUAUGACAGAGUUGGGAUUGAAAAUUUCAUUCGUGCAAAAUAUGAAGAAAAAAGAUGGGUACCUUUGGAUAAAAGGUUCAAAUCGCCCUCGAAGUUUCAAGAAGAAAAGGCUUCUGAGUAUAAGGAAAAAUCCAGUGAUACAGGUGGGGAUGACGAUACUAACAACGUGAAAUCUUUAGAGAAGCAGGAUAAUGAACCACAAAGUACAAGGACAGAUAAUCUUGUGGUUCCUAAACUACCCAGCCCGGUAUCCUCCAUACAAAAAGUGGAAACAGGGAGAACCCUGGUAGGUUCACCAGAAUCUGCAGAGGUAGCUCCUGCUAUGGUUAAUGCGAAAACGACACCACCAAAAGCUGAUCCCACAGUUGAUCUGUUUAACAUGCUUUCUAUGGAUGGUACAAGUGAAAAUGGAACAGAAUCAUCUUCUGUUAAUGAUAAUUCAUGGGCAGAUUUUCAGUCUGCAGAACUAACCAGUGCCUUGGAGACAAACAGCACCACAAAAUCUGUUGAAAGCAAGAACGAAAAUGCACUGGGAGUUGAGGAACUGUUUAAGGAAUCCACGUCUUUGACGCAGCCUUCGACUGAAAAAAAGCCCCAGACAGAUGUAAAAAAUGAUAUCAUGAGCCUCUUUGAUAAGUCCAAUAUGGCAUCUCCAUUUGCACUUCAACAACAGCUAGUGUACCUUCCCCAGCAGCAAGCUCUUCUUAUGGCUGCUAGUAAAUCCAACAAUGCACCUGAAGAAUUUUCUCCCAGAACUCAUCACCGAAGUGUAAGUGAUUCAAACACAAUGAAAGGAAACAUUGCACAGAGUUGGGUGAACUUCGGUUAUCAGGUCCCAGGCAAUGUGCCACUAGCUGGACACCUGUAUUCCAACAACUCAAUCCAGCAGAUGGGAAACGUUACGUACCUUCAUCCAUCUGGGAGCUAUGGUCCUGUUGCAGCAUCUGGGCUGCAUGCUCUUGGAUCCUCAGCAUCUGCUGAUGGAUUAGCUGCUGGUGGUGGAGUAAACAAUCCUCAUGCAACUUCUUCUCCAUCUACUACCAACAGUCGCUCGCUCAAUGAAUAUGAUUUCUCAUCAUUGACUCAAGGAAUGUUCUCAAAACGGUGAACGACAGAACGAUCGUCACAGUUUGUUUUGGUUGUCUCCCUCACAUUUCAUCUUGGACAUUUAAAGCGAUAAGAAGUCGAUAUAUAGGCGGCGCUGAGUUUCCUGCAUUAAGUUUCCAUUGUAGAACCACUUUGGUAGCUCUUUGAUGUUUUCAUGUCAUCUGUAAAGAUGCUGAGAAAUAUAAUAAAGGUCACAGCCUGCUGAGGUUCAGUGCAGUGAUACCAAAUUCAGAGUCAUGAACAUUCUUGUUAGAGUUUAGAAUAGUUAAUCUGAAGUGUGUUUUAUUUUC